AUGUCCACAUGUCUGAAAAAUGAAAAUGAUGGCGGCUUGGACACCAACGAUCGAAAAUUUGUUGGUUGUUUUGUGGAUAUAAAAUUUAUGAUCAGUGGAUUGUGCGGUGGCAGACAGCACUGCGAUGUUCCGAUCGCGAGGAUUAAUGAAAAAACUUCUUGUUAUUCCUAUCUGAAGUAUUAUCUCGAGGCUACCUACCUCUGUCUGAAAGAAGAAUAUUGUUUUUCCGACUCAUUUCUGGCAAAAUGUGAAAGCAAUGAAGUUGUGUUUAUUAAGGAGGCAUUGUUUGGGAGACCAAAAAUCGGCGCCUGUCUGAACAGCGAGAAAGAUAGCGACCUGAACAUGAAGGACAGUAAGGUUGUUGGAUGUUACGCAGACAUUAGAGACAUUAUCAGUGGGAAAUGCGGCGGAAAACAACAAUGUGAAAUUUUUGUGGCUAGAAUUCAAGAGAAAACCACAUGCCAUAGUUAUCUGAAGCAUUAUCUUGAAGCUUCUUAUGUUUGUCUGAAAGGUUUGGAGUAA